AGCGAAUCAGGAGAAGGCUCGGCUACAGUCGAGUGGGGAGGCAUCGCAGUGUGGAGCAACAGGCCCUGACAAUAGAGUGUGGACGGGAGCAAUUGUGGACGGGAGCAAUUGCGAAGCCCAAGGUCUUCCGCCGCGGAGUUCUCGUCGGCGCUGGGAAAUUAUUUUUGUUGAAUAUCUCCCAUCCUUAGGAUGUUUGCAAAAGCAACCAAGACUUUUGUGAAGGAGGUGGAUUGUGGAGGAGACUUAAUCUCUGUGUCAUCCCUGAAUAAUUUAGAUAAAUUACAGUUCUUGAACUUAGUCACAAAGAAAAAGAAAACGUGGUGCUGGCAAAAUCCAAAGUAUCAUCUCUCAUCAGUUUCAUUGAAUGAUCUGCUUUCUGAAGAUAUGCAUGAACCUAUAAAGCCAGUUAUUGUAGAAUCUGACUUUGUGAAGUAUGAAGGCAAGUUUGAAAACUGCAUUAGAGGAAGCAUUGAUACUUCAUUAGGAAGAAUUAAUUUAGGAACUGGAGGAAGUGAUGUUGUGGAAAGUCUGUCCUCUUUUGGAAAUCUUAAAAAGCAAGAAGUUGACUUGCACAAGCUUAUGAAAGAUUUGAAGGGAAGGUCAAUAAAUGUACGGACUUCAUUGUUGGAACAAAUGCUUGAAAGAAAGAAUGAUGUUCUUUGUAUCCUUAUAGAAAAAAUAUUGACAACUCAGAAAUGUUUAAUAUCUGAACAUAUUCAAAAAGAGGAAAAACUUGCUGGAAUGGUGGGAAUAAGUACAAAAAUUAUAAAGGUAUCAGUGAAUGAAAAUGGGAAUAUGAUCAAGAACUCUAAUGUGGUAUUGGAGAUUCCUGCUCCAACCGCAAUUGCUUAUGGUGUAAUAGAAUUGUAUAUAAAAUGUGACGGUCAAUUUGAAUUGUGCCUCCUUCAUGACCAACAAGGUGGUUUUGAAAGGGGAGCUAUAGAAGGGCCAUCUUACCAUUCUUCAGCCUUCAAAGAUGCUUGCUGCCCUCAUCUUUUUGAUGUUGUGGAUAAUGAGAAACUUUCUGGACCUGAAAGCCCUAUUCCAAGUGAGGCUUCUCUUAACAUUCUAAGCAAAGAUGUCCUCCAAUUAAAGACCCAGUUCCAACCUUUUAUGAAUUUAUCAGAAGAAAAGCAGAGAACAUUAUACCAAAUGGUCUGUGACCUUUUGCUUCAUGAAGAAACAGUGAUGCAACUAGAAAAUGUGCUGGACAGUAUAUGUUCUGUGGGGAGUCCAGGUAACAUAGCAAUGGAGGAAUUAAAAUCCCCAGAGAAACCAUGUUUAGAAGAAUUUCUACAGCUUGUGGGAAUACAUUUACAGAGCAAACAACAGAUUCACAAUAAGGAGCUUUUCCUAGCAGCUCAUCUCUUCCUCAGUGCUCUGGCAGAACUGUCAAGUUAUUCCCUAUGGUUGCUGCUAGCCUGCUGUGACCUCCAGCUUGUUCCUACCCUUUGUUUCUUGCCUAAUAUGACUUCAGAAGAUGGUACAGUGACACUUGCAGAUCCCGUAUUGGCUCCACUUGCUGACCCAGGAAGGUUUCGGAUAGCACAGAGGCUAUUCGCUUUAUCAAAUAUUAACCUUGAAAUGACGGAAUCUUCCAUCAAAGCUGCAACCAUGAAAAAAUCCAGUUUUUCCCCAAUCGUUCUAUAUAUAGCACUGAAUGGCCUACAUGCAUUAGGCUCUGAAAAAGAUAAGAACUGAUGAAGCUGUUUGAAUAGUUUAAUACUACAACUGUCUGUUUAAUGCCUCUUAGUGAUGAACCUGCUAGUUUUGUGUCCAUGCAAUUGGAAUAUCUGCUGAUGGGCUAUGUUAUUGGAGCAAGGCGAAUGCUGAAAUUAAUUAUAAUGAAUGAAAAGACGCAAAGAUAAAAAAGCUACGCAGACAUACUUAGUGAGAUGUUUGAUACUCCUGUAUUAUUUUAAAGUUUAGAAAGAUUACAUAUCCUCACUUUUCAGCCAUUUAGUCAGCAACCAUUCAAAGUUGCAAUAGUGCAGACGAAAGUAAUUUUAUGGCUCAUUUACCACCAUUCACAACCUUCACAGCAUCCGUCAGCCAUAUGAAUGCCAUUAUAGUCAGUAUGUACUGCCUUGGGCCAGACCUGUGAUUUUUUUUCCUUCUUUCACAUCCCCCUUACCCCUUGUAGAGUAGAGAGAUUGGAGUGAGAGAGAUUUCAACAAAGUAAGCAGUUCGCUAUUUUACAUAUGAUCACACUGGCAGCAGGGAAGGAGAGAUUGCCUGCAUAAAUUGCUUGCUUUUUAUUCUUCUCCCCACCCCCACCUGAGUGGAGGGUUUGGAGAGAAACGGAUUUCAAGAGAAUGGCUCCAGUCCUAGAUUGUGAGACACAGUUGCAUUGCUUUUGAUGCAUACAAGAUAGCAAGGACCAUUUAGCAAUGGCUUCAUUUAGAACUGACUUGCCAGUGAAGAAUUCUUUGUGCUAGUUAUUGUGCUUCAAUACUAAUCUUAUUUUCCUUAUAAACUGGAAGAGCAGCCCCUAACCUUUUGGGCACCAGGGACUUGAUGGAGGAGAGUGUUUCUACGAACUAGAGGGAGGGAGGUAGUUCUGCAUGCUGCCUGUAUCCCACAGCCUGGUGCUGGUCUAUGGACCAGGGGCUGUGGACCCCUGAAUUAGAGUAUAUUCUAAUUGAAUAUUAUGUGGCAACAGAGAGUAUUCAAAACUGAGCAAAGACCAGUGGUGGGAUUCAGCCAGUUCAGGCCAAUUUGGAUGAACCGCUUGUUAAAAUUCUGUGCCACCCUGCCUGCCCUGCCCUGCCCAGUCACUCAUCUUGUCCACUCACUCACCCGGCAUAGCUGCUGCUGCUUUCCAUCUGGCUCCAUCACUUGCCUUGACCACACGGCUCCGAGGGCCAGCCAGCUUGCCUGCCUUCAGCUGCAUGUCACAUGGUGCUCUCUGAUACACAAUGGUGAGAAGCGCGAUGGAAAAACAUGAUAGAGGGGAAAUCAGGUAGGCAAAGAAAUGCUUCGUGGAAGCUGGGGCCUAGGCAGUGGUUGGUGGCGCAAGCUACGCAGUUCUGCAAUGGCGAAACCAGCAACAACCGGAGCGGCCUUCUCCAUGCUCCUCGUCCUGUUUGGGGAAAGUGAGGCCAUAUGGGCAGCUGGGGCAAGCUCUGUGGCAUUGCAAUGGUGAAAAGGACAACAGAGCAGCCUUCUCCUUGCUCAACCUCCUGCUUGGGGGAAGGAAAAGUCUGGGUGGUGGUGGGUGGGGGAACCUCCAUGUCGAGGCGCUGAAAUAGAGAAAAUGGCAACAGGGCAGCCAGUAUGAGGGAAGGAAGAUACUUUUUCUCUUUGCCUGCCCGUUUGCCUUUCCCUCCUGCUGGCAGCUCCCUUUUUCAUUUCCCUAUUGAGCACAGUGCCCAGGAUCCUCUUUAAUGGGGAGGGGAAACAGAGCAGUCAGCGUGAAGGGCCGGAUAGCUCAGGCUGGUAAUAGCCUGUUAUUAAGAACACAGAAGCCUGCAAUUAUUGCAGGUUCAAGCCCGGCCCAAGGUUGACUCAGCCUUCCAUCCUUUAUAAGGUAGGUAAAAUGAGGACCCAGAUUGUUGGGGGGGCAAUAAGUUGACUUUGUAAAAAAUAUACAAAUAGAAUGAGACUAUUGCCUUAUACACUGUAAGCCGCCCUGAGUCUUCGGAGAAGGGCGGGGUAUAAAUGUAAACAAAAAAAAAAAAAAAAAAAGGAAGGAAACCGUUUUCUUUGCCUGCCCUUCCUCUUCCCUCCUGCCAGCAGCUCCCUUUCUCAUUUCCCUAAUUGAGCGCAGUGCCUAGGAUCCUCUUUCAUUGUGCGCGUGCCUAAGGUUUCCCCCCUUGCAGCCCAGUGCUGUGAUGGAGAGGAAAACAUCGGGAGAGGCUUGGGACUGAGAAAAACAAGCAUUGCAAAAAAAAAGUUUUCAUUAGUUUGCACUUUGCAGCUUACCAUCACUGAAGUUUGUUUGUGUGUGUGUGUGUGUCUUGGAUUGAAUAAGCCGGAUGGCAAUGGCCAGUUUCAUCCAAAGUUUUUGUUUCGGGUGGGUUUCCUACAGGGGUGAAAUCUAAAUUUUCCCUACCAGUUCUGUGGGCGUGGCUUAAUUGGUGGGCAUGGCUUGUGGUCAGAUGGCUAAGUGGGUGUGGCCAAUAACAAUAAAUAAUAAAAAUAAUAAACAAGUUUAAAAAAACAAUAAGACGUAUCAAAAACCAACUUUCACACUUUACACACACACAACACAACACAACUGACUCAACGUAAAAGCAGCUGCACUUCACACAGCCACAAAAAGCUCAAAAACCAACUUUCACACUUUACACACACACAACACAACUGACACACACACACACACGAUACCACAUACAGCUUUCUGAGAUUUUGUGUGUUUGUGUAGUUAGAGUGAAACACUACAGAAACACACCAAAUCUCAGAAAGCUGCACAAAUAUUUUAUUACUAAGGUUUGUGGACUUCAAUUCCCAGAGUUCCUCAGCCAGCAAAGCCAACCAGCAUUAAUCACUCAGUGAUGAAAUAGAUUAGCUAAGUUAGAUUAGUUCUGUCUGGUGCUGAAAAUGAAACUGGGGCUUUCCAGCUGGGAAAAAAGCCAUGAGGUCGAUCAGUAAUCAGGUAUGGUGUCUUAGAUUCUUAAAAGGAGGUUUUCUACAUGUUUUCUACAGAAAACAUGUUUUUUAAGGUUCUGCUGAUGAGGAACUCAGGUGAGAUCCCCAGAGUAGCCUUUACAUUUUUUUUUUAAGUUUAAAGGCUCUGCCAAUCUCAACUGAGGGGCGGGAUCCUCAAAGGCUUUUUUUUACUUUUAAAGGCAUGUUUCAGCUGAAGCAAAACCUUUUAAAAGUAAAAAAAACAACCCUCUGCUGAUGGUGGGGCUCAGCAGAGGCAAGGUGGCGGGGCCAGGGAUUUUUGCUACUGGUCCUCCGAACCAGCAGCUGCCAUCACUACUGGAUCGUGCAAGCCGGUCUGAUCCGGGAGCAUUUCACUUCUGGUCUCCUAGCCUUAGAAGGAAAGACAGGAGGAGGAAGGGAAGGGAGAGAAAGAAAGGAAAGAGAGAAAAA